GGGACCAUGGCGACGUCCAAGCUGCCCGCGGUGCCCGGGGAGGAGGGAACCACCAUCCUCAUGGGCAAGGAAGAGCUCGAGGCCCUGCGCAGCGCCUUCGAGGCGGGCGACCUCCCCCAGGCCGCCUCUCGCCUGCGGGAGCUGCUGGCCUCAUCGGAGACCACUCGGCUGGAAGUGGGGGUGACGGGCGAGUCGGGCGCCGGCAAGUCGUCCCUCAUCAACGCGCUGCGUGGCCUAGGGGCCGAGGACCCGGGCGCGGCGCUCACGGGUGUGGUGGAGACCACCAUGCACCCAUCCGCCUACCCGCACCCGCAGUUCCCCGACGUGACCCUGUGGGACCUGCCCGGGGCCGGCACUCCGGGCUGCCCGGCCGACAAGUACCUGAAGCAGGUGGACUUCGGCCGCUACGACUUCUUCCUGCUGGUGUCGCCGCGUCGCUGCGGCGCCGUGGAGACCCGCCUGGCCUCCGAGAUCCUGCGCCAGGGCAAGAAGUUCUACUUCGUGCGCACCAAGGUGGACGAGGACCUGGCGGCCACGCGCAGCCAGCGGCCCUCGGUCUUCAGCGAGGGCCUGGUCCUGCAGGAGAUUCGCGAGCACUGCGCGGAGCGGCUGCGGGCGGCAGGCGUGGCUGAGCCCCGCAUCUUCCUGGUAUCUAACCUCUCGCCCUCGCGCUAUGACUUCCCGCUGCUCAUGUCCACGUGGGAGCACGACCUCCCUGCCCACCGGCGCCACGCGGGGCUGCUCUCGCUGCCCGACAUCUCCCUGGAGGCCCUGCAGAAGAAGAAGGACAUGCUCCAGGAGCAGGUGCUCAAGACGGCGCUGGUGUCGGGCGUCAUUCAGGCCCUGCCGGUGCCAGGGCUGGCGGCCGCCUACGACGACGCCCUACUCGUCCGCUCGCUGCGCGGCUACCACCGCAGCUUCGGCCUGGAUGAUGACUCGCUGGCCAGGCUGGCUGAGCAGGUGGGCAAACAGGCGGGUGACCUGCGCUCCGUCAUCCGCUCCCCACUGGCCAUCGAGGUGAACCCCGAGACCGUGCUGCGGCUGUACGCCCGCUCCUCGGAUGGGGCCAUGCGUGUGGCACGCGCCUUCGAGAAGGGCGUCCCUGUGUUCGGCACGCUGGUGGCCAGCGGCAUCAGCUUCGGCACCGUCUAUGCCAUGCUGCAGGGCUGCCUCAACGAGAUGGCCGAGGACGCCCAGCGGGUGCGCAUCAAGGCCCUGGAGGAGGACGAGGCCCCCUCCGAGGUCAGCCUGGAGGCGGGUGGCGACGUGGGCGUGGAGAAGCACAGCCUGGGGGAGGCGGGCAGCGACGACGCCCCGCUCUCCACCCGCAGGAAGCUCGGCCUCCUCCUCAAGUACAUUCUCGACAGCUGGAAGAAGCGAGACUUGUCGGAAGAGAAAUAGAGAAAUUCCUGCUUCCCCCCUUCACCCCCAGCCAAGCCUUAAACCGAACCGACUGAAUGAA